GGCAUGCUAAGUUACCUAACCGUGGUGUGGAAGGAGAGGGAAAUGGAGUGAAGUUGGGGACCCACCAGGGAACAUGUAGCUUGAGGCAGCCGGGAAAGGGCAGGGAGUGUGAAGGUAAGGGCUUGCCCUGGGGGCUCAAGGCAGCUUGAGCCUUGUUUGCAGGUAGCCAGUGUCCACCAGGUACAUGCAAGUGAGGGAAACAGGGAAAAGGGCGCUUUUUGGAGAAAGCAGACAGGAGAGCUUGGCAUACAGCCCGUUGGGGAUCAGCUCCUUUGACCCAGUGAACAUCGGUGCCCAAGGAGGAGAACCCGCCUGCAGCAUGAACCUGUGGCUCCUGGCCUGCCUGGUGGCUGGCUUCUUGGGAGCCUGGGCCCCAGCUGUCCGCGUCCAAGGUAUCUUUGAGGACUGCUGCCUGGCCCACCACUACCCCAUUGGUUUGGCUGUGCUCCGGCGCGCCUGGGCUUACCGGAUCCAGGAGGUGAGCGGGAGCUGCAAUCUGCCUGCUGUGAUAUUCUACCUCCCCAAGAGACACAGGAAGGUGUGUGGGAACCCAAAGAACAGGGAGGUGCAGAAAGCCAUGAAGUUCCUGGAUGCUCGCAAUAAGUCUUUUGCAAAGCUCCUCAACAACAUGAAGAACUUCCCAGGCUCUCAUGCUGUAAAGAAGUUUAGUUCUGGAAGCUCCAAGCUAUCAUCGUCCAAGUUUAGCAAUCCCAUCAGCAGCAGCAGGAGGAAUGCCUCCCUCCUGAUACCAUCGAAUUCGGGUAAGGACUCUUGGUCAUGUGACCGUCUCCCAUCCGUCACCUUUGCUGAGGGUUGA